AUGGAUGAAAAACCAUAUAUACCUAUAAUUGAAAAAUUAAAUAAUGAAAAGAAUCCAAACUUUUAUAUAUGUGGAAAUGGAUACAUAGCACCAUUAGACAUCAAAAACUUAAAAAAAAUAUCCAAUACCGAAAAGAAAAAUUUACAAAGAGUCUUUAAAAUGAUGGAUAAAGAUAAUACAGGAAAGAUAUCAUCCUGCAAUCUUCAUGACAUUUUGCAUAAAUACAAUUACAAAAUUUCUAAGAGCGAAGUUGAAAGAAUGAUUUGGGAGUUUGAUGAAAAUAUGGAUAACUGCUUAGAUUAUGAUGAAAUUUAUUUUUUAUAUUUAAGAUGUGUUAAUGACAAAAAAAAACAAAUUCCAAGUGACUUAUACAAUAUUAUUCAGUUUUUUAUGUUUGAUUAUGAAAUGAAUGGAUAUAUAACUGUUGAAAAAACUUUACAAAUAUUAUAUGUACGAUUUGGCAGAGAAAAAAUGGAUUUAGAGGUCCAAGAUAUUUUUGGCGAUAAAUAUGAAGAUAAAUCAGGAGUAGAAAAACAAAUUUGUUUAAAAGAAUAUUUAGAUAAUGAAAAAAAUCGGAUACAAAAAUAUAGAAAUGAAAAUCACAAAAAAGCAGGAAAAGUAUAG